AUGGACUCCUCUGAUUUGACCCAAUCCACCACCAAAAACGUCAGCUCCUCCUCUCCCACGCAUCGAUCUUCAUCCCCCCGUUCUUCUAAUAGUCAUCCGAGACGCAUGUCUCCCUUAAGUGAGCGGGAUCAACCCAAUGUGGCGCCUGAUCAAGGCCAGCCACCGCCAUUCAAUGAAAUCACUCCGAUCGUGAGCAACGGCUCCGAUAGACGAAACUAUCAUUCCACAGAGGGUCUGAGGAAUCGAGACGCUGGGUCCGGAGAUAGCCAGCCGAAAAGCUCUGGCCAACGGGGCACAAGGGAUGCCGACCAGCAAAACCCGCAGUCCGAUUCGGCAGAACCCCAUGUAUCGUGGUUCAGUCGAAUCGCCGAUAGAUACGGCAGUCUGGAGUUAGAGAAUAAGGGGAGUGUGGCUCGCGAUCAUCUGGCAUUAGCGAACAUUUCUCGCAUGGUUAAGGACAUCUUUAGCUUUUGCAUCCAUCGGAAUCGCCAUAACGCAACUUUUCCGUUUAAACAGUUCAAGCUCAAGCACAUCGGGUUCGACUACGCGUCGCAAGCCCUUCCCCCAUUGUUAUCACCACCAUUUUAUGAUCCCACAACCAUUAGGGUGACUGCCACUUCCGAGCGUCUUCGGAGUAUUGGUAAACCUCUCGGAACAACUUUUAUUGGUGUUGCUAUUGUUAUUCUGCUGAUUGGGUUCCAUCGCUACUUUGAAAGCCAGUACUGGAUCAUAAGAGGGAAAUUUCCCGCUAGUCGCGGCAGUAUAGCGAUAAUUGCGUUUGUAGCCGCUGCUUUGAUCAUAGCCGCUUUAGUCGUCAUAUUGGCCAUCUCACCGGGCUCUGUUGAAGCUUAG